GAGGAGAUUGGGAGAGCAAAUUCUUCAGGAUGAGUAUGGAAUUCCAAAUGACCACCAAAUCAGCAGGAGAGCGACAGAAUUGUUCUGUGUUCAUUAUGGAGCUGGAGACAGAAGGAACUGUACAAGUUUAGAGCCUGGUCAGGAACCAUAUGCAAAAGGUGUUGUGAGUGUAUGAGAUGCUGCGGAAGAAGAGACCCAAGGCCUCGUACGGUUUGGCUUGGCCAUCCAGAAAAAAGAGACCAGAGAUACCCUCGCAAUGUGAUCAACAAUCAGAAAUACAACUUUUUUACAUUUCUUCCUGGGGUGCUGUUUAACCAGUUCAAAUACUUUUUUAAUCUUUACUUCUUACUUCUGGCCUGCUCUCAAUUUGUCCCUGAAAUGAGGCUUGGUGCACUUUACACGUAUUGGGUUCCCUUGGGUUUUGUGCUUGCAGUUACCAUCAUUCGCGAGGCAGUGGAGGAGAUCAGAUGUUACACACGCGACAAGGAAGUAAACUCCCAGAUCUACAGCAAGCUCACAGCAAGAGGAACUGUGAAGGUGAAGAGUUCUAGUAUCCAAGUAGGGGACCUUCUCAUCGUUGAAAAGAACCAGCGGGUCCCUGCUGACAUGAUCUUCCUGAGGACGUCAGAAAAGAAUGGAUCUUGCUUCCUCCGGACUGAUCAGCUAGAUGGUGAAACAGACUGGAAGCUGCGACUGCCAGUUGCCUGCACUCAGAGAUUACCCACCGCUUCUGACCUUCUUCAAAUCCGAUCCUAUGUGUAUGCAGAAGAGCCCAAUAUUGACAUACAUAAUUUUGUGGGGACCUUCACCAGAGAAGACAGUGACCCUCCAGUGAAUGAAAGCCUAAGCAUAGAAAACACCCUCUGGGCCAGCACAGUGAUUGCAUCUGGCACAGUUGUGGGAGUUGUUCUUUACACAGGGAGGGAACUGCGCAGUGUCAUGAACACUUCAAAUCCACGAAGUAAGAUUGGACUAUUUGACUUGGAAGUGAACUGCCUCACCAAAAUCUUGUUCGGAGCCCUUGUGGUGGUCUCGCUUGUCAUGGUGGCCCUCCAGCAUUUCGCAGGCCGCUGGUAUCUUCAGAUCAUACGAUUCCUCCUCCUGUUUUCAAACAUCAUUCCUAUUAGCUUACGUGUGAACCUGGAUAUGGGGAAAAUAGUCUACAGCUGGAUGAUCCGUAGGGAUUCCAAAAUUCCUGGGACAGUGGUUCGAUCCAGCACUAUUCCAGAGCAGCUCGGAAGGAUAUCCUAUUUACUUACAGACAAAACAGGAACUCUCACACAGAAUGAGAUGGUUUUUAAAAGGCUUCACCUUGGGACAGUAGCCUAUGGACUGGACUCCAUGGAUGAAGUGCAGAGCCAUAUAUUUAGUAUAUAUACGCAGCAGUCACAAGACCCACCUGCUUUAAAAGGCCCCACCCUUGCCACCAAAGUACGUAAAACCAUGAGUAGCCGUGUUCACGAGGCUGUGAAAGCGAUUGCCCUCUGCCACAACGUGACACCAGUGUAUGAAUCUAAUGGCGUGACAGAUCAGGCUGAAGCUGAGAGACAUUAUGAAGACUCCUGCAGGGUGUACCAGGCUUCCAGUCCUGACGAGGUGGCCCUGGUACAGUGGACUGAAAGUGUAGGCUUAACACUGGUUGGCAGAGAUCAAUCCUCCAUGCAGCUGAGGACACCUGGUGGUCAGAUACUAAACUUCACCAUCCUCCAGAUCUUUCCAUUUACUUAUGAAAGUAAACGUAUGGGAAUCAUCGUUAGGGAUGAGUCAACGGGAGAAAUCACUUUCUACAUGAAGGGAGCCGACGUUGUCAUGGCUGGCAUCGUGCAGUACAAUGACUGGCUAGAGGAAGAGUGUGGUAACAUGGCUAGGGAAGGCCUGAGGGUUCUUGUUGUAGCGAAGAAGUCCCUGACUGAGGAGCAGUAUCAAGACUUUGAAGCACGCUAUGUUCAGGCGAAGCUAAGUGUGCACGAUCGCUCACUGAAGGUAGCCACUGUGAUUGAGAGCCUGGAAAUGGAGAUGGAGCUGCUGUGUCUGACUGGAGUGGAGGAUCAGCUGCAGACGGAUGUCAGACCCACUCUGGAGACCCUGAGAAAUGCUGGCAUUAAGGUGUGGAUGCUGACAGGGGAUAAGCUAGAAACAGCUACUUGUACAGCGAAGAAUGCUCAUUUGGUAACCAGAACCCAGGACAUUCAUAUAUUCAGAUUGGUGACUAACCGUGGAGAAGCUCAUUUGGAGCUGAAUGCGUUCCGUCGGAAACAUGACUGUGCGCUUGUGAUUUCUGGUGACUCGCUAGAGGUGUGUCUGAAAUAUUAUGAGUACGAGUUUAUGGAGUUAGCUUGCCAGUGUCCUGCCGUGAUAUGCUGCCGAUGUGCCCCCACACAGAAGGCCCAGAUUGUGCGCUUGCUCCAGGAAAGAACUGGCAAACUGACCUGCGCUGUAGGUGAUGGAGGGAAUGAUGUCAGCAUGAUUCAGGAGGCUGACUGCGGUGUUGGGGUUGAAGGAAAGGAAGGAAAACAAGCAUCCCUUGCAGCAGAUUUCUCUAUCACUCAGUUUAAACAUCUGGGCCGGUUACUGAUGGUGCAUGGAAGGAACAGCUACAAAAGAUCUGCAGCUCUCAGCCAGUUUGUGAUCCACAGAAGCUUGUGUAUCAGCACGAUGCAGGCUGUCUUCUCAUCGGUGUUUUACUUUGCAUCAGUUCCUCUCUACCAGGGUUUCCUCAUUAUUGGGUAUUCCACAAUCUAUACAAUGUUUCCAGUCUUCUCUCUGGUCUUAGACAAGGAUGUCAAAUCUGAGGUUGCUAUGUUGUAUCCAGAGCUCUACAAAGAUCUUCUUAAGGGGCGACCGUUGUCAUAUAAAACAUUUUUAAUAUGGGUUUUGAUAAGUAUCUAUCAAGGUAGUAUCAUCAUGUAUGGAGCUCUUCUGCUGUUUGAGUCUGAAUUUGUCCACAUUGUGGCCAUUUCCUUCACAUCCCUGAUUCUUACUGAGUUACUGAUGGUGGCAUUAACAAUCCAGACAUGGCACUGGCUCAUGAUAGUGGCAGAGUUGCUCAGCCUCUCCUGCUACAUAGCCUCUCUGGUCUUCUUACAUGAGUUUAUUGAUGUUUACUUCAUUGCAACCUUGUCGUUCUUGUGGAAGGUCACAGUCAUCACUCUGGUGAGCUGCCUUCCUCUCUACGUCCUGAAGUACCUGAGGCGAAGAUUCUCUCCCCCAAGCUACUCGAAGCUCACGUCAUAGAGCUGCUCGGUCUACAGAGCAGAGACUAAUUUUGCACACCACGGAGAGACAAAAAUCAUGUAUUUGUCAUUGUAAGAUGACCUAUGUCCGAUAGGAUUAUGCAGUAAUCAAUAUUAUGUGCUGCUUUAAUGAAAAAGACUAAGAACUGCAGUAAACUGAAACCUAACAGUAAAUAGAGUCUUUUGGGGAGGUGUAGGGCACUUGAUAGUUUGUUCAGUCUUUGUCACUUGGUUUUACUUAAUUGGGGUCAAAUGCAUGUAACUGCAAUGAUAAUUGGUUUCUCAUGUGAGAUCAGAGUACCUGAAAGCUGCUAAAUGACCUUGAAGUUUAUACGUGACAGAUGUUUUGUUUUGUUUUUUUAGUUUAAGUGUCUGUGAUGUUCCUUGCAUUGUGUUAUAUUUUUAUAUUAUUAUUUAUCUUUUCAAUUCGGGUAGAGAGAGUUUUUGUGUGUCUUGGGGAGUCCCUUAAAAUAGGUAAUGUACUGUAUUACCAACAGCUGACUACUGGGUGGUGUCAUGCUGUUUUGAUUGUAGGGUUCCAGUGUUAAAACAGAUCUAUACAUAAUUGAAAACCUGACUGACUGAGUUUUUCCUUCAAUCAAAAUGAAAGAUCUGAACGUAGAAAAUCUAGUGUGUUUUGAUGAUUUCCAGCAGUUAGUGCACAUUGAGAAAUAUCAUCCAAAAAAGGGAAAAUUCCAUUUUGUUUAGCUUUUGUGCUUCUUGUUAAAAGGAGCUGAUGAUAUACAAAUAACUACACUAUAUAGUUAUGUUAUAGGAGCAAAUUACCUAAAUUCAAGCAAAGCCUUUUGGAAGGAAACUUGCAGCUGAUCAGCUUUUGAACGUGUUGACAGCAUAAGAGACUCAUCCUAUUCUGCAGACAAUGUGGCAGACGUGUCUUGAAUCCUUGGAGACUGAAAGGAAAGGUCACAGGGCUGCUACUCUUCACAGUUACAUAAAAUCUGUUUCCUGUUAGGAUGAAUUAAUGAAGAUGAGCUGCAAAUAAGCCUAGGCAGUCAUCUACACGCGCCAUUCAUGACACAGUCUACGAAGAGAGGCAAUUUGAGAUAACUAUGGAAUUUGCAUUGUUUAAAACUGGAACUUGCCUCAAUAGACGUACGUUUGAGAGCAGUCAGAAACUGAGCCCAGGCACAAGAUGGUAGUUUAUUUAAUGUGAAGCACAGAUAAAAAGAUUUCCAUUUAUUUUAAACAGCAAAAUUCCCAGAGGGGGUGUGUUUGGUUUUCUGUUUGUUUGUUUUUUGUUAUUUUAAAAAAGCAUUGACCCACAUAAUUUAUAAAGUAUUCCUUGCGGAUACUGGAAAGCUUAGGAGUAUGGCAAUGAGCUAAUAGAGGCUUCCACCACUGGGUCACAUGUGGCAUAGUUUUAAUCAGGGCCAGCUCUAGGCACCAGCAAAACAAGCUGGUGCUUGGGGCGGCACAUUUUUAGGGGCG